GGCACCUUUUGUUUUGACAUCAAUCUAGUGUAGUAGCCUUUUAUAAUAUACAGCAUGCGUCAUUUAGACACAGUUUAAACUGGCCUUCUGUGUCUGCUUUUCAGCUGCCUCUCCUCCAAACAGAGCAAGUAAAGACGAGAAAAUAACUGUCAUAUUGCUUUUACCAAACCGGAAUGGUGACUUUUGGCGCAAAUGUACGUGUAUUUGCAUGUGUGUUUGUGGGUAGGUGUGUGUGUGUGUGUGAGAGAGAGAGAGAGAGAGAGGGAGAGGUGUAGCAGAAACAGGUGUAUCCCAAACAGGUAAAGCUGCUCAUUCUUUUUUUUCUAAAGGGCAAACAUGAUGGCGUGUGCUUGACAAACAUCUACACCUAACCAAACUGAAAGGAUUUACACUUUUUUGAUCUUUUACUUUAUACAACUACAACUUUGGAAGGCAUCUGGGCCUGAAAAAAAUAAAAGAGAGAACAACAAGGAUGAUCCAACAGCGUGAGCCAUGAGUCCGCCUCAGUGCUUCAUGCAUGGCUGUCAUGUAGGAUACUAUUACCUGGACUGAUGAGCUUUCUUCCUGCUCUGAAAUUUUCCCAGCUUGUGCACAGUGAACAGUGGCUGCCGAGGAGAAUGACAUCUCUGCUGAACACACUCUCUCUGUGUCUCUGUGUCCUCUGGAUCUUUGUUGCAGUGAUAAAGGGAGACUUUGUGGAUCUCCCUUCAAACGAUCCCAUACGUUCCUUGGCAGAAGAGGAGACUGUCCUGCCUUGUCGCUACCAGCCAACUGCGGACCAGCAGGUGGUACAGGUCACCUGGUAUCAGGAAAAACCUGAUGCCACCAAGGAGCAGAUUGUGACUGCACACCGCACUAAUGGACAGACAGCAUUUGGGAUGUGGUCUCAACGCGUGCGCUUUCAAAAUAGCGACCCCGUCGUGGACUCAUCUCUGGUCAUCAUGAGCACAGAAAUUUCUGAUGAGGGGAAGUACAUAUGCCACAUCAGCACCUUUCCCUUAGGCAACUUUGACAAAGAGAUGUCACUCAUCGUGUGGACCGUUCCUAUCGCCACCCUGGACCCUGUGAUUCUGGUGGAGGGACAGACCUACCGGCAGGCUGCUUCUUGUCGUUGUGUAGCCCGGCCACCUCCCCGCCUCUCCUGGGACUCUGACCUGAGCGGCCAGUCCACUAAUCGCUCCACUGCCAAUGGGGUCGUCAUCUCGUACUACUCCCUGAAACCCCUGAGGGACAUGAAUGGCAAAAAACUGGACUGUCUGGUGUGGCAUCCGACUUUACUGGCCCCACGCAGGCUCACAAACAGCUUGGUGGUGCACUUCUCCCCACAUGCAGAGGUGUCUGGCUACAAUAGAGACUGGUUCCUGGGUUUGGAGAAUGCAGCCCUGAGAUGCGUGAGUGAAGGAAACCCCAAACCACAGAUUACCUGGAUCAGAAUCGGUGGAGAGUUGCCAGAAGGUGCAAUCGCCCACCCGAAUGGAACACUGGUAUUUGGGCGACCACUAAGCUCGUCAGAUGGAGGCACUUACCAAUGUGUGGCGCAGAAUGAAGUGGGACAGAUGAAAGCGGAGGUCGAGAUUGCUGUGACAGACUCUCCCGUAGAUCACAAAAUGAAUGAAAACAUGCUGAUGAUCAUAGUGGGGGCUGUGGCCGGGGGUCUGCUGAUCUUAAUGCUCAUCAUUGUCAUCACCAUCACUUGCCACCACAAGCGCAAGAGCGAGAAACUGGAGAGGGAGCUGAAUCAGAAGACGGAGGAAAUAAGCACUCUCUCCAGGCAAGCUUCCUUCAGGAGAAUGAACUCUAUCAGCACGGAUCCCAAAGGAGUGACAGAGGAAAGCAUCCCUCUGCAGGUGGAGGGAACCCUACGGAACAGCCUGUCUUCCCUUGGGGAGCAGGCUCAAUACCGUGACAGCCGAUCUACCAUCUCAGGUGGGCGGGGAGGAGGAGGAGGGGGAGCGUUUGACUACCUGGGCAGACCAGUCCUGCACAACAACUCACGGAGGGGGAGAGAAAGGCUUUAUGAAAGAGACGAGGAGAACCGAUUACGAGUGGAGACGUAUGUGAGAAACAGCUCUCUAUCUUUGCAGGAAUCUCGUUUCCACCCCCCUCUUGUGCCAUCGCCCUACCCAAUUCUACAGUCCUCUGAGAUCGUAAGACAGCUAAACGGCAGUGCCAUUGUCCCGACAGACGGAGGUUCACGGCCAGGAAGUGUCGCCAAAAAUCAUCAGCACCCUUCUCUGAGCUGCAGCUACCCACCGGUAACAGACGAUGAGGAUGAAGUAGAUGAAGGUUUGGGGGGUCCUGCAAGUCAGGAGCAUCCUGAUGACCAAGAUAGUGAAACCAACAGCUCCCAGGUGUCCGAGGCUCACAGUGCGCGACGCUAUCAGCAGACUAAUGGCACUCUCAGACCAAAACCUCGGCCAAGCCCCACUGUGGUCAGUCCACACGCUUCCCAGAUUCACAAGGCCCAGAUAGUUUAACAGACAGAUGGGAAAUACAGACUUCAAGACUGUCUGGCUUUGUUCUUGGGUGUGAUUCAAUUGUGGAUACAUUGGUGAGGUUUGGUCACAGCCCAGAAAACCUGUUUGUAGUCAAUUAUCAGAGAUCUGCACCUUGACUACAAUUCUGCAUCGUCUUAAUUGUGCAGGAGCAUGGUGCAAUAGAACAAGGUCUUUAGGGGAAAAAUCUGCUCCAAAGCAUCAAGUGGAUCUCUUCCUGAUAUUAAGUGAUGUGUGUUGUGUAUUCCUGGAAUACCAGCACAAACAAAGACAAUGUUGCAAUAUUUCCAGUGCAGCUAUGAUGGUGUUUAUUCGCUGGAGAUACUCCUUGUUGAUCUUAUCUUUCACAAUACGGCAUCUGUUGCUCGAACCAGCCAGCAGGUGGAUCCAGCGGCCAUAUGUUUUGUGGGGGUUGUUGAAAACACUCAACAACACAGGAACACAAGAAAUGGGGGGAGAAGUAGAUGAGGCUAUAGGGUUGUUGGUACAUCAGAAAAGUAGGUUGCAAAACAUCUCUACUGCGGUGGAUUUUUUUGCUUUAGUGCCUGUGUUAGGUUCCCUUACACAACAUGGUUUGGGAUCUGAUCCAAACCAUGGGCUUGUUCCUGUUUUGCCACACCUGCAACAUGCAUACCUCCAUAUUGUCUUCCUGUCCUUGUGUUUUUGCCUUAAGCACUGAGAUAGUUUGGAUCAGAUAAAGACUUCAUACAGCCAGAACAUGAAUAGUGUUGAGUGAUUAUCUGUAAGAUUGUAUAAAUAUAUAAAAUGACUUCCUUUUUUAAAAAAUGUGUUUUGAAAUAUUUUUAUAAUACUUACUAGCUGAUGUGACUCAGGCAGACUUGUUCAUUUGAAAGUUUUAUUCACAUUAUGGUUGGCCAUGUUUGCAGGCUUCCUUCCUCACUCGCUGACCCUCUCCCAGAUGUUACAGCAACACUUGACAAAAUGAAACACAUGAAUAAACUCAUGAAGAUUUCUCUGGUUUCGACAUGGCUGUAAAUAUUUGGGAUAAUAUAAGCACAUGACUCAACAAUAUACAUGACAAAGGUCUAUUUGUUGUUAAACAUUUUAAUACGGAAAUGGCAAAUAUUAUAUCUUUAAAUCUAAAUGCGAUACAUCUAUCUUGUAGUUCUCACUAUGCAGUGCUCUUAUGUUGUGAGGAUUAGAGCAGAAAUGCUGUUUUACAUAUCCAACAUGCACAAGCACACCAAAUAAAGUGGAGAGCAUAUAUGUUACAUACUUUGUGCAUACACAUGCAUACACGAGUAGGAAAAGCUGCCAGAUGUUUAUAAAAUACAUGUUGAUUUCACGCUUUAUUUUCACUUUUGUAUUUUGUAUUCAUUUAAGUCUUGAUUGAUAUGGCUACUUUUGUGGACUGCGGAGAGACAAAAAAAAAAAAAAAAAAAGCUGCCAUCUUCUGCCUGCUGUUUUGUUGCAACAUUCAAGAUAACAAGAUGCUUAUCCUGUGGGAAUUUGACCUGAACUGUUCUAGAUUUUUAAUAUUGUGGCAAAACCAUGCAUGUAUUCUUUUUGGACCACUGGUUUUAUUUCUUUUUUGUUUUCAUGUGGAAGCAAUGUCCCAAAGGAAAAAAAAAAUACAUAUAAAAACAAUUUUGCUUUUUUUGGCAAACAUGAAGUAUUAUUUUUUAAUUAUUAUUAUUUUUCUCUUUUUUCUUCUUUGAUUUAUGUUACGUUCUAUAAAUGCAAUGCUACUUUUUCCAACACAAAUGUCAAAAGAUAUCUGAGUUACAAAUGUUGAUAUAAUGCUGGGUCAAUUUGUGGCAAAGGCAGUGUUCCUUAUGUUAUUUGCUGACACCUGGAGCAGCAGAUGAAUGGUGUUAUAUUUGAAUGUAGGUUUAUUUGUUGUAGAUAGUGCCCCCUGAUGUGUACUACUGUAAAGUGCAGGAACCUGAAUGAGCUUAAAAACUGCAAUACUAUGACAGACUCUGCAUUCCACUGGAAAUCUUUGGAAAAAGAUCUUCCUGAUCACGUGCUGGUAUUUUCGUGUAUUUUGAGGGCUACAUAUGGGUAUGAGCUUGUAUUGAUGGGUUGAAAUAAAUUUACAUGUUUUUUUUUGUUUUUUUUUAAAUGUACCCCAAAACACAAGCUUUUGGGUAAAAACUAUUGUCCAGAUGAUCUAAAUAUGGGUUGUUUAAAGUGAUGUUUACUCUGCUGAGGGAAUUUUCUGUUGAGAUUCCCAUUGAAUUUUUUCCGUUAACAGUUAACUGAAAAAAUCUGACAUCACUUGAGCAGGAAUGGAUUAAACUGCGAAGAGCAAAAAAUGAGCUGUAGGCCCUGUUAACCUCCCUGCCCC